GUAUUACAUAGUUUCGGCAGAAUUCAUGCGGCGUAUGUCAUAUGUACACAUGUUCGUCAUGUACGUAGGGCCUAAACGAAUAUUGCAUGGAGAUUAUCAGCACAGCAGCACAGCUAGACUGACGCUGUUGUUCGGUUAUUGCAUUGAACUAGUUUAAUCAUGUAUUUUCAUUCGAAAAUUAUGAUAGUGUGAAGUACUUUGACUUUGUAAAUAUGAACAGAGGUGAAGGAGCGAAGUAUGCUGCCAAAGCGAAGUCUGGUCAAAUUGGAAUUUACCUUUUUAAAGAUACAAAGCCAAACAAAAACAAAAAGUUUGGAUACAAGAAGAGAGCCCAGACAUAUUCCAUUAGGAAAGUCACCACUGCCCAAGAUUCACAGGCCAAUAGCACACCAGCUCCGCUAAAGAAACCCACCUCUGAAAAGGCUACGUAUCCCAAGAGCCAUACCCAGUAUGCAAAAGAAACGGGCUCACCAUGGAGCAGGCAAAUAGCAAGUAAUAAUACCUCUGACAGAAAGUUAACAGGGACAGAUUUUGUGAAGAGAAAUGUGCAGAAGGUCGGUGAGAAGACAAAAGAAGACUCCAAGGAUGCUCACACCAUAGCACUGACACAGGACCAGUUGAACGCAAUACUGAAGUCCAUUGGGCAAAUAGCAGGCAGUGAGAAAGUUGCUAGUAUUGAAAUAGAAGAUGGGGAUGUAAAAGUGAAUGCUCCAGAUGAGGAACUGCCUAAAGACAAGUUUGAUGAUUCCAACCAAGAUUCCAAACCUGACAAAAAGGAUGGCAAUGAGCAUACCGUGGAAGAAGGUGAUGAGAACAUAUCUCCAUUUCCAGGAUCUCAGAACAUCCUGUCAUUGGUAGGAAAGGCAAGGACAAGAACCCCAAGCCGUGGGCCGAGCACAGAGCCUACAACCCCAAGCAAAACAUCAGGUGCAGCCAACGCUGUAUCAUCCAAGACACUCAAGGAACGGUCAGCAGAGAAGGUUGCGGAGAACGGGAAAAAACAGACCAUGAAAGAUCCAAAGACAGGAGAUGGAAAUCAGACAGGAUCAAGGGAGGAAGGCAUUGGUCAGGUGGAGUUUGCUCAUCUGAGCUUAGCUGAAAGAAAGAGACGCAAGUGGAAACAGGAGCAAGAUGAGCAAGAAGCUCUAAACCGACAACAGGCACUGCAAGAAAAGCAUGUGAGGGAGGUUGUUGCAAGUAGAAUGGGCAUGAUGCACCAUGAGAUGAGCACUCCAGAACAUCAUGAGAGAAGCCUGACAGCAUCAAGGAACACACCACAGGUUGAUACAACAACGUCUUUGAGAGAUCCAUUCUCUUUGGAGACUUCACCCCGUGGUGUUGCCCCAUCUAGUCUUGGUGUUAUUGAAACACAGCGAAUAGUACCAGCAGCCAUGAGAUCCUCAUUUCUUAUUGGUGGACAAGGGUCAGCAGGUUCAAGGUUGAAUGACCACAAUGCACAGGUUAAAAGAAGACAACAGCAGGAAUGGCUGAAAGAACUGGAACAACAGCGUAUUGAGGCACAAGAGCGCAAAGAACAGGAGAAACGACGCCAUCAAGAAUUUGAAUCCAAUUUGACCCAUCAGUGGGCAGAGCCUGUUGAAUUACCUAAGACACAACAGUCCAUAAAGGGUCAUGGGAAGGUACAUGAUGACUCGGCCAUGUAUAGACAGAUUGAGAGGAAGGUUGACAGAGGGGAGGAGGUGGAGCAACCCCAUAGUGCACCUCCACCGGGCUCAGAGGGCAGAGAUGACAGCCAGGCAUUUACAAAACCAUCCCAAGAAAGGAGUCACAUUAGAGCUCACAAUCUUCUCCUGGAUCCUGCCGAGAUUGAGCGAAGAGAAGCCCAGCGAGUUAAACACAUGGAACACAUGCUUGCUGUAAAGGCCCAGGUUGAAGAGAAGCAGCGACUUAAAAGAGAGGCAGAGGAAAGGAGACGGCAGGGGGAGGCAGAGGAGGAAAGACAAUUGGCACAUCAGAGAAUGAACUUACAACAUCAGUAUGAUUCAGAGAAAGAAAAGCAAAGGAAAAAAGAAGAUGAUGAAGCAGCCAGGCACACAGCCUUAGUUGAGAGCAUGCAGGCAGCUUACAAUGACGCACAGAAGGAGAAACAUCAGAAGAGAUUGGAGAAACUGACUAAGAUGGGACAUGAUACUUCUAACCUUAGAUCCAGCUGGGAUAACCAACAGGACAAUUCCCCUCCUAAACAGGACACCAAAGUGGCUUACAAGACCUCACCCAGGCCAGAACAACCCACAAUGCCUCAGCAUGUUCAGCAUCCACCUGAAGUGCCUAUACCUUUACAUGUGAUGGAUCAUGUGAUCAAUCAAGUGAAAGACAGUCCUAUCAUGGUUGAUGCAUUCACCUCACCUGUGUAUGACCAGGCUGUGCAAACAGAGUUUCACUUCCCUCCUCAUGAAGAUGUCACACUUCAAGGUGGCCUACUGGAGCGAGAGCCCAGUGCUCACAUUGAAUAUCGACCACACAGAAGAAUAGCACAGCAGGAAGCAGGAAGGAAAGAUCAGAAAAUGGAGCGUAUUCAGACAUACAAAGCCCGGGAGAAGAAGAGAAUUAGCAAAGAGGAAAGACAGUCAGAGGUAAAUGCCAGAGUUAUGACGCAGACACAGCAAACAUCAAGGACAACAUCACCGGGAUCAGAGCCUGGAAACAGCCGAAAGAAGUCAGUCAAGAAAUUGGAGAAGCCAGUUUGGGGGGCCAAUACCAAGACCAAGAAACUCCAGCAGAACUCGGACAAAGAUUUGACUGUCAACAAGAGGAAACGGGAGGAGAGGCGACAACAAAGGGCAGCAGAGCUCUUAGCAGAGCAAGAACGGAAUGCUCCAGGGAGACUCUUAAAAGCAAAGAAACCUGUAGCUGCUGGGGCUGUGCAACCUGACACAGUUCAAGGGUCUAAGCCGACUCAAUCAAGAGCUGGAGGUAGCCUGGACAGGAAGCCAAACCACAAACCCCAUCAUGGUAGGACAGACUUGGUGCAAGACCAAGGCGAUAUGCAAACUUGGACAGAUGAAAACAGCGAUCUGCCGGACACACCACCACUCAAAAAUGGUGACUUUGUGCCAUUCUUGCGCAGUGAUGAACCCCUGAUGAGUGAGGACAGUGUACCAGUCACUCCAGAGUCACAUCAGAUGCUGAGGCAGAGGAAGAUUGUACAGACAGUCAUCGCUGAUGAUAACAAUAGAGGGCGGAAGGAGAACAAGAUCAGAUUACUUGCACAAAAUGAAAAAGACCCGCUGCUAAAUCCUGAUAGACUGAAGGACACAGAGCAGCGGCAAGAGCGUAUUCUGCAGCAACUAUCUCACCUAAGACAAGGUCUAAUGAUGAAACAACGGGAGAUGGAGUUGGGUUUGUCCAGUCCUGUCUAAAUAUGUAUGCUGGAACACACAUGAUUGGUCAGAAUAGAAAACAGAUGGAUUGUGCACCUGAUAUCCAAACAGUGUACACAAUGGUGUCACUCCACUAAUGCCACAUUUUAUUGAAUAACUUGCGCAACACUGCAUGUUGCAAAGUAUUUCAGUUGUACACUUCAUGAAAAAUUUGGCAGUCUGUGAUUUACGGAACAAGGGGGGCAACCGCACUCACACGUCUGCGCAGAAAUAUAGACAUGUGUUUUCUCUGGACACUUGGCCUAUUUGGGGGGCGGGUACCCAUCUUCCAAGUGGGGGCACUCUUCAAAACUGAGCAUUAUUAUGCAUACUGGAGAAUAUAUGCUGAUUUACACGCAGCAUUGUCAGAUCUUUCUCGCCAUAUUUGGAAAUAGUUAUGACAAAAAUCUUUCAAAACAUCCGCCUGAGGGAGGGGGAAGCCAAGCCCCCCUCCCCUCCCCUCGAUACGCCUCUGGGAUGAGCAACACAAGAGAUGUCUUUGUUCAAUUCAGCUUGCUACUUGACUUGUGACUGGAUGUCUUUUGACUUCUGAUGGACUUGUAAGGACUUAUGCUGCCCUUGACUACAGUGUAUAUAUAUGUAAUGAACUCUCACUUAUGGAUUAUGUGGGAUAAAGAUUUGUAACAAAUUGCAUGCACUGAUGUAUGACACCAGCUAACAGAGAAAUGGUUCAGCUUGCCGUCAUUUAGACAUCAAAACCAUUGGCCUUAUCAGUGUGUACAUGUAUGUAUAAAUAAUACAGGGUGAGUCAAAAACAGUGGAACCAAAACCCCCUCAAAAAUAUUUCAUAUUUGAAAAAAUGUGUAGCACCAAAAAUAAUAAUGACUGGAAAGACAAUUUUAUGAACUACUUUUAGACGAAAAAAAAUUACUGAAAUUGCUCAUAUGCGUUGAAAGAGUAUAAUCAUUUCUACGCAAUGACCCUAAAACCUCUUUCGUCCAAAAAUGUGAUUCCAAGAGAUGUCGCCUAACUUGUCUUCAAACAUCGCCAGCGAUAAAAUAACAGUUUAAAAGUAAAAAUAUUCAACAAAGUCCUUCUGAAGGCCUGUCUUUAAAAAAAAAGUUGU